UGGAAAUAAUGGGUUGGGGAGCUCCAAAACAAGCAUGGAAGAAAGGUCCAUGGACUCCUGAAGAAGAUAAGUUCAUGACUGAAUAUGUAAACUUGCAUGGUGAAGGAAGAUGGAGCUCAGUCUCUAAAUCUACAGGUUUGAAUAGGAGUGGGAAGAGUUGCAGGCUUAGGUGGGUGAAUUAUCUAAGGCCUGGUCUUAAGAGAGGUCAUAUUACACCUCAGGAGGAAGGGAUCAUCGCUGAAUUGCAUGCCAUUUGGGGUAACAAAUGGUCCACGAUUGCUAGAUACUUGCCAGGGAGAACCGACAAUGAGAUAAAUAACUAUUGGAGAACCCAUUUCAAGAAGGAAAGGUCCUCCUCUCAGAAGCAACAAAAAAGAAAAACUCAAAUGCUAAAGGUCGAAUAACAACAGCAGCCACGACAACCGGAUAAAGAUGA